UGUUAAACAGAAACCAUUUUGAAACUGAAGCGAGAUUUGGUGUAUUGUUUGAGUAAUCAAUUGAUCCAAUGGUCGCACUACUCGGUACAGAGCGGGCCCUCAAUCUCUGCCCGAUAUUCUCACAGCACGUGUUGUGUCGACGACUCGAUGUAUGUGUUCGGCGGCUGUACUAUAGCUAACACCACUUUCAACGACUUGUGGCGCUUUGAUCUGUCGACCCGAACGUGGAUCAGACCCAUCGCCACCGGAACCUUCCCCUCACCCAAAGCUUGCGCUUCACUCGUCGCGUAUAACAACAAUUUGGUGCUCUUCGGCGGAUGGACUCAUUCCUCUCCCUAUCCCAUACAUCAAGAGUGGAGAAUCUUUAAUCACAUCCAUAUCUUUGACACCAUAGCCGACAGAUGGAGUCUAAUUGUUCCCAAUUCCGAAAGUCCGGCAAUCGCUGGACAUUCGGCGAGUAUUGUCGGACACCAUAUGAUAGUAUUCGGAGGCCUUCGAAGUGAGGCCAAUAAUCCGCUUCCAUUCUCGAGUAAUAACGACAUUUGGGUUUUGGAUUUAAAGAGCUUUGUUUGGCGCAAACAAAUCACUUCUAAUCCCAAACCACUUCCCAGAUAUGGACACUCGCAGGUUGUCAUCGAUGACAGGCAUAUACUAAUAAUCGGCGGAUCCGGCGGUCCUAAUAUGCUGUUUAGCGACAUUUGGAUGCUUUGCAUUUCAGAGGACACCAAACAAAUGUUGUGGAAACCAAUUGAAGUGUUGAACAAAGACUCGUCAAAUAUACCACAAAUUAGUUUUCAUCCCACGUGUAAAGUUGAAAACUUAUUGGUUGUGUUGAGCCAAAAGGUACGGCCCUUUCAGUGCAAAGACGGCAAUAUAUUGCGAAAGCCUUCGGUUCGCAGUCAAUACGUCAACACUAAUGACUCCAACAAUAAGAGUUCAUUGAAUGUGAAAUUGGAGUCCCAAUCAAAUGCAGUGUCGAUCGCAUCCACAUCUUCUGCCUCUACAUCACAACAGUCGCAAACCAAUGGUAACACAAGUUUGCGUCCAUUGAGUCGUCGGAACAGACAAAGACAACUCGAAGGACUCGACCGAAUGGAACAACGAAUACGACAACUCAAGUCCCAUACGUUCUCUCCUCUUGCGGUCAGGAGUGGAACCGUUAAGUCAGACAGAGAGUCGGCUCAGAAUCCAAUGCAGUUGUUUGUACUCGACUUGAGUGAUGUGAUCGAGAAGAAUGUGGUCAAAUGGAUCCAUAAAAAUCACUUUCUAAACGAUGGCCCCGAAGAAAUUGACAGUUAA